AGACCCUUCUUCCCUCCAACAAAAGCAUCCAAUUAGCCCUUAAACUACUCAAGCUAGCUAGCAAUGGCUUCCAAAAAGCUCUCAGCAGCCAUUCUAGUAAUCUCUCUCCUUUUCUACUCAACACUCUCUAGUGCUUGUAAUUCUUGCAACCCCACUCCAGUAGCUCCUGCUCCUGCAGGCGAAUCUUGUCCCAAAGACACAUUGAAGCUUGGAGUUUGUGUGGACCUUCUUGGACUCAUUAACCUUCAGUUGGGAACCCCUCCUACCAGCAACUGUUGUGCAUUGCUUACAGGCUUGACUAACCUUGAAGCUGCACUAUGUCUUUGCACAGCCAUUAAGGCCAAUGUGCUUGGGAUUAACUUGAAUGUGCCUGUUUCACUUAGUUUGCUUCUUAGUGCUUGCCAAAAGACAGUUCCUGCUGGCUUCCAAUGUCAAUAGAGUGUAAGGGCUCUGGGUUGCCAAUUUGUUCUGCACUGUGUCCUAAUUAGCUGUUGGGGUGUCUUACUGCUGUUGGCUUGUGUGUAUUUUGGUGGCUUCAGUGGAGUUUAGUCUUGUUUUUUCUCUUUCAAUUUGUUAUAUGGGGGUGGGGUGUAGUUUUUAUUACUAUUUACUCAGAUGGGCUGAAAUCUGAUUUGUUCAAAUAACUGCAUGGGCAAGUUUGUCUUCAUGUGUGUUUAUUAUCAAAAUUUAGUUUCUUUUUCAAA